CCAUCCUCGACCGCCUGCACGCCCCAGUCUCCAGAUCGCCCUACAGACAAUGUACUCAGACGCCAUCGCGGCGCCCUCAGGCAGCCGCGUCGUCGCCUCCAACGCCCUCCGCAGCGCAGGCCUCAUCGACAGAGACGAGCGCAUGCGCGACGCCACCGACAAGCAUCAUGCUGCCCGAAAGACGACCUCCAAGAUUCGCUCUCACAAACCACGUCUGAUCGACUCUAUCAAAGGCGACUCGCACGGACCCGGACCCGGUCCCAGUCGUUCCUCAACGCUUGCACAAAGGCUGGGUUCCUCGGCUGAUCCCCUCAGCAUCCGAGGCGCCGCACGUCCCACCCCGGCAGGUCGUGUUCGCAGGAACGCCAUCUCCCUCAAUGGUACACGGGUCGAGCCAAAGGGACGGCCGAUGACGGCCGUGCGGCCACUGGAGGUUUGGAGAGAGUUUGUUAACAGGAGAUACAACCCAGAGUCCAGGUUUCUGAACCUCGAGCGAAUGUCUGAGGACGAAGAACUCGGAAAAGCUCGGGUCCUGCCACCUGGCGUGCCCGGGGCGAACGGGAGAGAAGCCGCCGUCAUCUUCAAGCUUGCCGCUUCAUUGAAGCCACCGGUCAAGACGGUGUCUCUAGCGAACAACAACUUGCACACCUGCCAUGCGCUCUCGACUCUUCCUCACUACCUCCCCGACCUCGCCAAUCUAUCGCUAGAGAACAAUAAUAUCAAGCGCUUCACCGACCUCGACCAUAUCAACAUGAAUACCGACAAGACGGAUAAGUUCAAGUGCCUACGCGAAUUCAUCCUGCUCGGAAACCCCCUCCGAACGAACGACGAAUCGCACGGGCGAAUGGACACAUACAAGAACAACAUGCUUCGACGGUUCCCCACGCUAGAGAUGCUGGACAAAGAACCGGUAACGAAGAUCGCGUUCGACGGGCCCAGCACAUCGAAAGCACCACACACCGGUCCUCGGCCUAUAGCCACCACCUUCCCGUCCCAAAUGAUGCCCGCCUUCGUAGUCGGCGUCGACGGCGCCCUCGUCAGCUCCUUCUUCUCCAGGUUUUUUCCCCUCUUCGACACGCAGCGUUCAGCACUCCUCGACGCCUACUCCGACUCCGCAACCUUCUCCUUCCAAGCCAACACCUCCAUCCCCGCCCGCGCGCGCAUUCAAGGCUUCCAAUACUCGAAGGAAAUGCCACACCAGCGCAACCUCGAGUGGUCCACCUGGCUCGGCGCGGGCCACGGCGGCUCGCGCAAUCUGAGUCGGAUCGCGAACGCGGUGGAGAAGAUGGUGAAGAGCAUGCAUGUGGGAAGAGAGGCGGUGAUUGGCGCGUUGGAGGCGUUGCCGAGGACGAGGCAUGAGAUGGAGGGAGAGGGUGCCGGGGAGAGGUUUUGUGUGGAUGGGUGGCCGGUGCAGCAGGGGGAGAUGGCGUGUUUGUUUUUGUCGAUACAUGGGCAGUUUGUGGAAUUGCCGACCGAAGGUGUCCGCUCCUUCGACCGAUCGUUCAUCCUAGCACUAGCUCCCGCAGGCUCAAGAGCGAAACUCGCAGGCUGGGACGUCGAGAUCCUUUCCGACCAACUCGUCGUGCGGAACUACUCGAGCCACGAAGCGUGGAAACCCGGUCCUUUACUCGUUCAGGCGCCGGAUCCUUCUUCGUCUUCCACGUCUUCGUCUUCGGUGCCUACAACGAGCGCGGCGGGGACGGCGGCGCCGCUUUCGGUGUUGCAGAUUCCGCCGGUGGUGCAGGAGGCGUUGAAUCCUAUCCCCGAGCCACAACGUUCCCUGGUGCUGCAGGUGUGUCAGCGGACGGGCUUGACGGUCCAGUUCGCGGUGGAGUGUUUGGCGGGGAAUGGAUGGGAAUUGGAUAAGGCGUUGGCGAAUUUUGAGCAGGUUAAGAGCACGCUUGGACGGGAGGCGUUUUUGACUUUGUGAUGGACUUUUGUUUCUGGCCAAGACGCCGUCAUCGUCGAAUCGUUUUAGGCUUUGCCGAGAUGUAGUCUUUGGUCUUUUAUGGCUUCCUAGUUUUGUUUUUCCACUUUUCUUUAUCGUUCACCGUUCUAUCUAUUUCAAGUUCUGUCAACGCGAGUGAUUAGUCUGUUCGUCAUAUGUACCGUCACCGUCGUCGUGACGAAUCACAUCCUGAACCAUUCACAUAGCCAUCGACGUCCAAGCAUACGACGCCUAACCAAACGACGUUGACUCUUUUUUUCUUUUGUUUUUCUUCCUCGUCUUUGUCGAAUCCGAACCCAACGAAUCGCAUACAACCCUCCAUACAGCCCUCCAUACAACCCUCCAUACAACCAACCCUCCAUACAUACAACCAACCCUCCAUACUUACUCUCAUACAUACAUACUCGAUACAAUACGUACAAUAUCUCUAUGACCUCCUUUUACCUUCCAC